GAUGACAAUGACAGUGACAUUUGUAAGGAGAAGUGUAAAUAAUCCAAAUAAAAAGUAAAUAACGUUAUUUGUAAAUAAAAAUGUCUACAGAACGUAAAAAUUCAAGCAGUAAUCAAAACAAUACUCUUCCUUUAGACCCCAUCUCUCUACAGAAUCAAUUACUCGUUGCUAGAAAAGAAAUAAAUAAUUUAAGGCAACAACUUAAUACUCUUAAUCAUGUUCACCGAAAAGAGCUCGAUUACAUCAAUAAGAAAUUGUCAGAAUGGCAGUGUCUCUCGUGUAAAAAGAAUCAGUGUAGUUCACCGCAACCUGCACCGAAUUUAGAACAAGAUUUCACAGCCAGCUACAUAGGCAAAAUAAGUACUAAAUUUCCAGAGAAAAGAGGCACUCCAAGACAACCUGGUAUAUGCAAAGAUAUGACAGCUAAACUAGUACUUGAUAAUAAUGUUUUUACAAAUCCGGAACAUGCUUUAGAGGGGUUACAAGAGUACUCCCACAUGUGGAUCUUAUUUCACUUUCACAAGAAUGAUGGCACACACGCAAAAGCAAAAGUAUCUCCUCCCAGAUUGAAUGGUAUUAGAACUGGUGUAUUUGCUACGAGAUCUCCUCAUAGGCCUGCUCCUAUAGGAUUGUCGUUAGUUAAGAUUGAUAGAAUAAUGGAUAAUACUAUCUAUUUUAGUGGUGUAGAUAUGGUUAAUGAAACCCCUGUGUUAGAUAUUAAACCGUACAUUCCCCAGUAUGACAACCCAAUAUAUUUGAGCAACACAAAUGACAGUAACAGUAAUAGUACUGCUGAUCCUGGAGCUAGUACGUCAAGAAUCUCUAGACCAACUUCACCAGACGAGGUAGAUUCUGGUAGCCAUAGAAGCACCCAAAUUAUAAAUAAUGAGCGCACCAUGGAUGGCCAGGAAAACGAAAGAAGAGAUCAAAUAGUGGGUGCUCCUGGUACAAACAAUGACCAUUCCAGAUCAGAGGAAGCACUGUAUGCUCGGUCAAAUUCAAGAAUAGGUGAACGUGAAGCUCCCGAUGGAGAAGAAGAAGAAUCUCCUAGAAUCACACAACCCCCAGUAGCAUUGCCUACAGCAACUACUCCAGAAGGGCAUAUUAGAGUGCCAGCUUGGAUUGAUCAACCAUUAGUUCCUAGAUUGACUGUUGUAUUUAAAGAUAGAGCUUUAGCGCAGCUUUUACAGCUUGGACAAGAGGGAGUGGAGAAGAAACUAACAAUCACCAAUGUACUUAGAGAAGAUCCUCGAUCAGUUUACUUGAGAGAAAGAUGGGGCAGUUAUUGUUACGUGUUUAAAAUAGCGGACGUCCAUGUUUCCUGUAAAUUUAAUGACAAUACCCAAAUUGUCACAGUUUAUCAAAUUUUCCAAAAUAAUCACAUGCCAGGUACUCAAGUACCGCAAGGUACUGAAGAGUAAGAGAGAAAAUUGUAAUACGAGUUAACAAGAAAAGAAUUUUUUUACAAUGUGGAAGGAGUCAGGAAUGUUAUUUAUCACAGACAUUUAGCCAUUAGAUUUUAUAGGAAAAUAAUGCAGUAGAGCCAUUCAUUAUUGAACCUAACUUAUUUAGUAUCUCUAGUAGAAUCCAAUAGUAGAAAAUAUUCUUCUCCUAGUGAUUCUGAGCGGUAUCAGAAUUUGAUCCCUAUUUCAUCAACCGUUCAUAAUAGAUUAGAUAUUGUAUAAGAAAUGCGUUAUUAGUGAUAUAGAUUUAUCCUUUGACUCAAUAUUUGUAGAAUGUAAGUAAUUUAUUUUAACACUUCCACUGAAGUGUAAACUAUAUGAACUGAUGAAUUAUAAUUAAAUAUAGAAUUUACAAUAA